AUGGGAGGCGAGUGGGCUCUCAGCAGAGGCCAGCUUAGCCCGCGGGAGCUGCCUCUGAGCAGGGGCCGGGAGGGCAGUGCCGCCCUGUGGCUGCGGGGCUUCGCGGAUCGCGGCUCUCCGCACACGGCUUGCAGCCCGGGGACCUCGAAGGAAGGUCCCCGCGCACUUAGCCAGCGGCCUCUGCUGUGUCUGCUGCUCCUGCUGGGUCUGCUGCUGCGGCCGGUAACCCGUGUGCACACCAUGCCGGGCACCUCCAGCACCCCAAGUCCGCGGGAGCGCACGCGGGCCCUGAUGCGGGACUUCCCGCUUGGGGACGUCCACAACGACAUGCCCCUGGUCCUGAGGCAGUUUUACCACAAUGGGCUCCAGGAUGUUAAUCUGCGCAAUUUCAGCCAUGGCCAGACCAGCUUGGACAGGCUGAAAGACGGUCUCGUGGGUGCCCAGUUCUGGUCAGCCCACGUCCCAUGCCAGACCCACGAACGGGAUGCUGUGCCCCUCACCCUGGAGCAAAUUGACCUCAUCCGCCUCAUAUGUGCCUCCUAUUCUGAGCUGGAACUUGUGACCUCAGUUAAAGCUCUCAACAAUACCCGGAAGUUGGCUUGCCUCAUUGGUGUGGAGGGCGGCCACUCACUGGACAGUAGCCUCUCCAUCUUGCGUACCUUCUAGGCCCUGGGUGUGCGCUACGUGACACUCACCCACACCUGCAACACGCCCUGGGCACAGAGCUCAGCAAAGGGUAUCCACCCCUUCUACAGCAAUGUCAGUCGGCUGACCAGCUUUGGCGACAAGGGUGGCAGAAUGGUGGACUUGUUCCAUGUCUCGGAUGCUGUGGCACGGCGAGCCCUAGAAGUGUCACAGGCACCUGUCAUCUGCUCCCACUCAGCUGCCCGGGGUGUGUGCAAGAACACUCGGAAUGUUCCUGAUGGUAUCCUGCAGCUUCUGAAGAAGAACGGUGGCAUCGUGAUGGUGACCUUGUCCAUGCGGGUGCUGCAGUGCAACCCGUUAGCCAACGUGUCUGCUGUGGCAGAUCACUUCGACCACAUCAGGGCAGACACUGGAUGCAAGUUCAUCGGGAUUGGCAGAGAUUAUGACGGGGCUGGCCGGUUCCCACAGGGGCUGGAGGACGUGUCCAUAUACCCAGUACUGAUAGAGGAGUUGCUGGGGCGUGGCUGGAGUGAGGAAGAGCUCUCGGAUGUGCUUCGAGGAAACGUGUGGCGGGUCUUCACACAGGUGGAACAGGUACGGGAGGAGAACGAGGGACAAAGUCCCUUGGAGGAUGAGUUCCCAGAUGAGCAGCUGGGCAGCUCUUGCCGCUCCGUCCUCCCACGUCUGCAUCAGAGAGAGGACCUGUCUCCAGACCAGAAACUAACCAGAGCUGCGUCUCCCAAUACUGGGGUGUGGUGGGGGACCCUGCAGUUUAGACACCGGAUACUCAAGGAAGACCUGUUGGCAGUGGCCUGA